AUGCUGCAUAUGAUAUGCUCGGGCAAGCUGCGCCGCCAUCUGCGAUCGAUCUUUUUGGGCAAACUGUACCUUUGUCGUCUCAGCAGCAUCGAUCGAGGCCCGACCCAUUUGGCAGCCCUACAGGGUCAGUUCCUCCAUUUUCCAUGCUGCAAGCUCACAGCGACGUGCAGGGGAGAAGCUAAUCUGCUUUUACCUGCAGAUUUAUUUGGUCCAACUUCUUCGCCUGGACAGCCAAGUCAGGAAAACGUCUACAACAACUUGUUUGGCAACUCAGAAAAAGUGUCCACAUCUGUUUCGGCGACAUCGCAGCAGUCACCAAUAAGUUCUUCGCAGGGUUCCUCGUCAUCGGCAUUUGGGUGGUCCCAACCCCCUCCUCGAAUUACACAAGGAUAUAUACCGUAUCAACAGCAGCAGCUGUCGCUGCAUCCGUUUGGACAAGCACCUCCUCCUGCUGCACCAUUUCUGGGCUGUGGAAAGAACACUGGGCCGCAGUUGCUCCGCACUUCUGCACCAUCAGUGACUACACCGGAGCUACUGACACCCUCUGCCCAAAGUAUCCCGUGUCCGGCAACAUCGACGCCAUCUGAAGUAAAAGUGCCACUUUUUUCCUCAUCUCAAAUAACGCGUGGAGCUCCAUCCGUGAACGAGCUUGUCGACGAUUUUUUGAAAAAGCCAGUUGAUACUCGCUUUGCCGGUUUUGAGGAUGUGGCCUCUCUGUCAAGGAAGUCUCGUUUAGCAGACAUUCCGGACACCGUAAAGAGCUUGGAACUGUUGUAUGCUCGGAAGCGAUGGAGGUCAUUGAUAAAAAAGUCGCUUUUGAUGCUGCAAAGCCCAUCGAAUGAUAGUAACAUGACGCUGGAAAUUAAGUCCUGGUGGCUUGCCGGUCUUAUUAAAGAGGGCCACUAUGAGAAUGCAGCUAGUGUACUGGACCAGAUUGGAAACCUUUACGAAAUAUCAGUUACGGACGGGGCAACACCGUUCGUGCCUAUUCGUUUAUUUCUUCUUCAGGCAGCACUAAGCAAAUGCCAAGGAAAAGCGGUUAAUCACGAGAAGCAGCUAUUUCACUUGGGAAUGCGGCUACAAAGUGCAAUUCGAAAGAAUGAGACAAUGUCGCUCCUAGGCGUUGAAGUGAAAGUAGCUGCACGGUGGCUACGAAUUGUACAGUUUGCGCUUGCGAAUCAUCUAGUGCAACAGCAAAAGUUCAUGCUGGCCUUGCGUAUCUGUUCGCAGAUUGAUGUUCAGUUUUUGGACGAUACGGAGAAAGUAGUCGUACUGUCCCGAGUGGGGCGCAUCCAUCUGCAAAUGGGUGACCUAACGGCUGCAAAGAAGUUGUUUGGUGUUGCCCGCUAUCACACUAACCAAGUGAAAACUGGCAUUAGCAAUGACACUGUAGUACCGGCCGAGGUGGUAAAGGCACUAGAAGCGCGCUUGCUUCUAAAUGACGGUUUAUGUUUUUUUGCGCAGAAUGAGUUGCAAGAAGCGCUGCGCGCUUUUGACUCCAUUUUGGAUUUGCAGAACACGCAAGUUCCGACAUUGGCUAACUCUGAUGCUGAGCUAUUUCUUGAUGAGGAUAUUGUGUGCUCGGCUGUCAACAACUAUGCAAUUUGUUCACUUUACUGCUGCGAUGUAAAGGCAGCUAUUGCUGCGCUGGAGCGAAUGGUUCGGUCAAACCCGCAACGCUUUCUUAACGGCGUGGUCGUGUUUAAUCUCAGCUCACUUUACGACCUUCAAUUUGACAACGCCACGAGCAAGAGCCGUAAAGAAAUGAUGAACAAGAUUGCCAAUCUGUACGAUCUUGAGCAUGUCGACCCGGCAGCUUAUCGCAUUUAA